AAAUUAAUGACUCAACUUCAAAGUCACCCUGUAUAUCUUUGGUCCUAUAUAUGUUAUGUAUCUUAAGUUUAGGUUAUUGUUAUUCUUGGGAAUUUCUAUUUGCCUGCCCACAUUUGCACGAGUACAGUAGUUAUGACUUGUUUCUAUAAUUUUUCUGUGAAUAAAAGUAGUUUACUUUUACAUAUCACUUAGUGCCUUCUAUUGUUAUCAUUAGGUAAAGGAGCUGCGUUGUCUCGUCCUAGCUCCACAAUGGGGCACCCACCAAACUGUUCACGUGCCGAGCACGCCUCCAAACCACCCAUUCUUGGCUGAUAUGGAACCUUUAGGUUGGAUGCACACGCAACCCAACGAAUUGCCGCAGUUGUCGCCGCAAGAUGUCACCGCGCACGCCAAACUCAUGGCCGACAAUCCGAACUGGGAUGGCGAGAAAUCCAUCAUCAUUACUUGCUCAUUUACUCCAGGUUCUUGCUCCUUAACAGCAUACAAACUAACGCCAUCUGGUUACGAAUGGGGUAGACAAAAUACCGAUAAAGGCAACAACCCUAAGGGGUACCUACCAAGUCAUUAUGAGAAGGUUCAGAUGCUGCUCUCUGACAGGUUCCUGGGAUUCUUCAUGGUGCCUGCUCAAGGGUCUUGGAACUACAACUUCAUGGGUGUUCGUCACGAUCCUAACAUGAAAUACGAACUGCAACUUGCUAAUCCAAAGGAGUUCUAUCAUGAAAUCCAUAGACCAGCUCAUUUCCUUAAUUUUUCGUCUUUGGAAGACGGCGAUGGGGCAGGCGCUGAUCGAGAGGAUGCUUAUGCUUAGGAAUAUACUUGUGUGUAUUUUAUUUUGUACAUAAUUAUUUUCUAUUAGUUGUUUGGUUCUUGUUCAUUUAAUAGAUAUUACAUAAGUG